AUGUUUGAAAAAGGCUGUCACCUUGUCCAUAAUGAAAUUGUGAACCAGAUUCCUGAAUUAAGAUCAUUCAAGGUCGGAAUGGCCAACGUAUUCUUGCAACAUACUUCUGCUUCAUUAAUGAUCAAUGAAAACGCUGACCCUGAUGUACAAAAGGAUAUGGAAAUGGGUUUAAAUAAGAUCGUGCCGGAAUCAUUUCCCUAUAUUCACACAGCAGAAGGCCCUGAUGAUAUGCCUGGUCACUUGAAAUCAGGAAUUGUAGGCGUUUCUCUUAAUGUUCCAAUCACCAAUGGUCGCUUAAACCUUGGAACUUGGCAAGGUAUUUAUCUUUGUGAGCAUCGUGAGCAUGGUGGAUCACGCAGGGUUGUUGUUACAUUGCAAGGAGAAAAGAAAUAA